AAAUUCACAAUUUACCUGUUUGAUAUUUUUUUUUUUGUCUUGGAAUCCAAAACUCUUAAAACUGGCAGAUAACAUUUAUGACAGGAAAUGGAGUGGACGAAACACAGUAUUCUGUUAAGUUAAUUAGAAAGAAUUAUAUAUAUGGCAACGUUAAUCAUAAAGUCAAUGUUUAUGUCAGAGUGCACAGAAACAGCCCCUAUCUUGUCUGCAUGGAUUUGUCUCUUUCACAAAGUGAAGUUAUAGACCCCAACUAUCUCUGGAUUGGACCAAAUGGACAGAACCUAAAAAGAAAACAGUAUGUGAACCUCACAGAAACUGGAAAGCUGAUGUUGGUUGGUUUUAAGGAACACAUGUCUGGAUCUUAUAUGUGCACGCUUUCUUACAGAGUUUUUCGAAAUGACAUGCAAGCAGAAGAAGAAAGAUUCAAGACCUAUAAAUUUAUGGUUUAUGCAUAUCGAGAACCAGACUACACUUAUCGUAUAUCUGUUCACUUUACAACCAAAGAAUGCAAACUAGCAGCUAAUAGACAAUUCUUUGAAGAACUACAGAAAAUCUUGAAUAAUUUGCUUGAUUAUCUGAAAUGCCACAUCGUUGAUUCAUCAUACAGAUGUUUUUCUGUCAAGCGACCCAAACAUGGAUUAGUAGAUGAACUAUUCAUUGUUUUUCAAGUAAAUCCAUUUGCCCCUGGCUGGGAGGUUAGUUGCCGUCAAAUUACCACUGACUGUGAAGACAUUACCAACAGCUAUGUACAUAAGGCUCGAGAGCUCAUUGAAAAGUUUUUCCAUGAACAAUGGUACAUUCUGAAACAUAAGUUUGUGAACAUCCCUGCAAUCCAUUACAUAGAUCACAGUUUCCAAGUCACUCGGCUAGACAGCUGUCGUCCAGGGUUUGGGAAAAAUGAUGUCAUCCAUAAUGACUGUGCAAAUUGCUGUGUUGCCUGUGAUCCUGGGAGUUAUAGCCCAAACAAUGACAUAACCUGCCAGCCUUGUACAAGCAUCCGGAUUAAACACUAUGGAGCAAAAUCCUGCUAAAUAAAAUCAAAAUAAGAAAAGGAGAAUUGCAGCAAAGCAUCUUGUUAUCUCAUCAUUUAUAUCUGUGUCAUGUUUAGAUGUUAUGCUAAAUUCAAGAUUCUAUGCGUAUAGUAGUUAUGCGUAUAGUAGUAGAAUUAUGUAGUAGAAUUUAUAUCCCAUGUUAUUAGCAACUGAUAACACAGUAUGAAAAAUACCAAACUUCAUAAUA